AUGGUACAGCAAAGCGAAGCUAGGGUUCGAGAAGAGAAGACCACCAAACAAGGGGAAACGACCUACAUGACGCCAAUCUCUGCGAUUGGGGCAAAAGACAAACAAAGUGGGGAAAAGCCUAAUAGCAAUAGCUCGCACACAACUGAGGGUUCAUCCCAUUCAGAAACUAGCACUGGUGCAGAUGGGAUUAAGAUUGCUCAGCUCCAACAAGCUGAUAUCGAUGCUGAGGCUGCUAAAUGGGAACAUGCUAUUAUCCUGUAUGCAAUGGGUGCUACACCUUCGAUUGGGGCCGUUGAACGAUUCCUAGCUUCACAAUGGAAGUUCACUAACAAGCCUAAGGUGUUUCUACAUAAUGAGGGCUAUUUUAUUAUUCAUUUUAAUGACGUGGAUGAUUGUCAUGCUAUACUGUACUCUGGGCCUCAUACUUUGAAUAAUAAACCUGCUAUUGUGAAGCCUUGGACCCCGGAUUUUGAUUUUCAUUCAGAGGUUUUAACAACUAUUCCAUUAUGGGUUAAGUUGCCUAAUCUCCCUCUUAGUUGUUGGGGUAUUGAAUCACUGAGUAGAAUUGGUAGCACUCUAAGUAAGCCUUUGUAUGCAGAUGAAUGCACAUCUCAUAUUGAAAGAGUACCCAAUGCUAGAUUGCUUAUUCAAGUUGACAUUACUAAGGAGUUGCCUAAUACUACAAAGGUUAAAGACCCUAAGGGUCAGGUAUUUGAGCAAGCUGUUAAUUAUGAUUGGAAGCCAGAAUUCUAUCAAGAAUGUCUUCAACUAGGUCAUAAGUGUCAGCCAAAGCAGGUCCCUAAGCAACCAGUUCAACGGCCUCCCAACCCUGCUCAACCCGCUCAACCUGCUAAGGAGAUGAGGAGAUACAACAAACAGGAAUGGCACAACAAAGGUGUGAUUGAAAUUCCAAAAGCUGGUCAUGAGACAACAACACAACAAUCUGAUCCUCAAGCCAAUGACUGGUAA